GAGAAAGUGAUUGAAUUAAAUGGGCCAGCGAAUGUUGCCAAGUGACGGUCGUGUUUGUUUACAAGCUUUAAAUAAAACAGUCCAGGCGAAGAAAUGGAGCAGUUGGGAGCACAUUCUGGAUCGUCCAACUCGUCGGAUCCACCGGAGGAUAUGAUCCAGCAACGGAUCGUGGACAUCCGGAAGCAGCUGGACGAUACGUACAACAUAUUUGUGAGUGCCAAAGAAGCGUUGUCGAGCAUAUCGUUUGAACAUCUCAACGAGAAGAUGAACGAGACUGAGAUGACUUCGCCGGAACCGGAAGACGUGCUGGUCGUAGAUUCCAACAGCAAAGUUGACAUCGUCAAGUCGUUGGAGAAGUUGGGCACGGUUACUACGAAGCCAAACGCAAAAUAUGAAGAUAUUCCCGAGUUGAAUCGAUUCUUUCGUGUCAUGUCCGACUUGAAGGAAGGCAUAAAGAAGAUCAACAUGCACCAGGAAUCGAUUUCGGAGCUGAACGCCGACAUCGAGUACAUGGAAAGUGCCAACAAGCAGGCUCUCGACGAACAAUUGUCCAAAAUCUCCCUAGAAGAGCAUCAAUAAAGCAAACUCACCGUCACAUCCAGUUAUCCUGUGCAUCUCAUCAG